GUUCGGCGCCGCGUUCACGGCUCCACUCCUCGCUUUCGCGUGGCAGUCGCGCGUGCUUUGUUUUGCCUCGUGCGGCGCAUGGUGGCCGCCCUGUGAUCGGGGCCGCCUGGAGGAACUACAAUUUGCACGCUGUUCCGCGCGCUCUGCCGGACUGCACCUGUCUCGGGAGAGCAGCGGUCGUGCCGAAGCUCGGCUGCCGAGGUUGUACGGCAUGGCCUUAGAGAACGCGACGCGUCGCGCGUCGCCAACGCGGACCACGGCCCAGCCUUCCUCAAGCCAGGGUUCGGCAGCUGACAGCGAAACGUGCCUGACGGGUGAUGGGGCGGUUGGCGUUGCCGCUGGCGGUCGCAGUCCGUCGAGCCAGCAGCAGCGCAGCCCCAGCCACAGCGUCCGCAGAAAGCCACGUGCCUCCCCGCGCCGAUACCACGGAAGCCACAGUAACGGCUGUGCCUCGGCCACGGCAUCCCCUCUGCGGGAUGCCAGUGUCAGCAGGUCCCAGUCCAUGCGAACCACACGCAGGCCCCACUCGCUACAACGCCACUUUCGCGAUCGCAUCGCCAGUAUUCCGGGCGACCUGCUCAUGGUGAACGGCGCCAACGACUCGCGUGGCUCGUCCAGCAGCUCGCUGCCCUGCGAGGAGCCGGCGGCCGACCUUCAACGCCUAAGAAACUUUGCCGUCACCUCCAAGGGAGUCGUGAAUCGCGGUGACUCUUUCCGUUCCAAGUCACGCAGUACGCACAGUGUCGCCUCAACAGGCAGUGGUCACAAGCUGGUGGUCCCUGGCUCUUCAGAAGUCGGCGGCGAAGCGACCAGCGACGCGUACUGCGUGUGCGCAUCGCUGGAUAGAGACAGACGCGUUGUCAGCUCCCUGCAGCCACUCAAUCCCGAGCCAGUGGUGCGCACGGACCGGGCCACGUUCGCGCUCGCCUGCCUUGAGCCCGCUGGCCCGAGCCUGUCUGGUCUGCCACCCGAGGUCGUGGUCACAAGAAGCACCGAGCCGGCUGACCUGGCCCGCUACCGAAUCCUUGUCCUUGGUGCUCGAGAGGUGGGAAAGACGUCGCUCAUCAACCAGUUCAUGACAUCCGAGUACAUCUACGCGUACGACAGCUCUGUCGAUGAAGAGAAUGAGAAAUCCGUCAUGGUGGUCCUCAACGGAGAAGAGUCUGAGCUCAUCUUCAUCGAACAUGUACAUCAAGACGAACUGUUGCAGCAUACCAGGAACCCGUGCCAGGCGUUGAGAUCUCCACCGACGCUGUUCAACCCUGCGGCCAUGUAUCGUCCAGAUGCGUACCUUGUCGUCUACAACGUUUGCAGUCGAAGCAGUUUGAAGGUCGCGAAGGAGUAUCUGUCUCUGAUACACCGCUGGGACAACGUGGAUCACAAAGCCGUCAUUAUGGUGGGCAACAAGACGGAUCUCGUUCGUCACCGCACUGUCACCACAGAUGACGGGCGCUGCUUGGCCACCAACGAGCGGGUCAAGUUUAUCGAGACGUCAGCGUGCAUCAACCACCACGUGGACGAGCUCCUGGCCGGCCUCCUGCACCAGAUUCGUCUGAAGAAUCAGAUCAGCUACAAGGAGAGCUGUAAGCGCGAGUCAGUCCGAAUGCGGGGUCGAAACUCCAGCUGCACGUCAUCCUUCUCUGGGUGCAAGGCCAAGGUCUUCCUUAAGCGGUUCCUGCGAAAGGCCUGUUCGCGAUCGCGGUCCUGCGACGAUCUCCACGUCCUCUGAGCGGGACGCUACACCUUCCGGUACCCUCGGCUCUGGUUCUGUUCUCUUUCGUACAUAGUUCAGUGGGCCGUCGCUUUCUCGCCAUGGCGCCUGUCGGAACGCGUGCUUGCACUGCAACGCAGACACGGAGGCCAUGUGUCGUAGACGCGAUCGGUGCCCUCGGCACGGAACUGGUGGGGGAGUUUCAUUUCUUUCGUCGCGGCUAUUUACAUUGCCGGGGACAACAGCAAGCUUGAACGCGAUUCAAUCCGCGGGAAAAAACAAAGCUCGGACGUCCCUGUCUUGUAAGAGCCAGUCGACGUGUUUGAUGGGCCGAGGUGUAAGAGUAAGCAAUCCGCUCUCCUGAAACAGCAGGGGCUGGUCACUAAGUUCCCAGUAAAACCGAGUGAACACUUCAAUGUUCACGCUGAUCACGCGUCAGCGCGCGUGGUGUCAUAGCAGCCGCGUUUCCUUCUAACGCAACUGUUACUGUGGUAUCGAUGACGUAUCGAUGGCGCCGUGGUCUAGCAGCACUGCGUGAGGAGUGUUUCUAUUUUUCUUUUUGCUUCACAAUUUUAAGAGUCUUCAGGACAUGUUAUUUCCACCUACGUGUCCUGAAGGUCACCCUCGGUGCUUUAAAGUACCACGGUAUCGAUUCGUAUAACAAAAUCCAGCCUAGAUUGAAGGCAUUCCGCCACCGUACUUUAGCUCUAGACACUAUAAUCCGCACGAACCCCGCGGACGUCACGGUGUAUUCACAAACGUGCCACUUUUAUACCGAGAAAUGCUGUGACAAGUUGAAAACACUCAGCCCAAGUGACGUGAAAAGAGCCGAACAACUUUUCUCAGGGAGCAUUUUUCUUUUCUUUCUGGAGCUACGACCUCAUGAUUCACUGGAGGUGCAAAAUUGAAGUUGUAACGACCACUGCUUUGCUGUAAACACACCGCCGUAGAAAGUCCCCCUGCGAGCUCCUUCCAUAUACGCGGGGACUGUUUAUUCCUGGGAACUUAUUGAGAGCCCUUUGCGUAACCAUUUGAUUCGAUCAUUCCUCUCAGCGGAGCCUUUCACGGGGUGGUUCUGCCUUUGACAGUGCAUUUCACCUCGUUGAUUAUACAGAGAGAGGGGAUAAACAUGCUGCCUUUUUCUUUUUGCUGUUGUACGUACAAUUGCUCUUUCUGAGUUCCUUCUUGAGGGAACAAGGUGCACCGAAUUGCAGGGCAACCGACGGAGAUAAUCAUCCUGACGCUCACUGUCUCGGCGUCGUACGGGAAGCCGUGCUUUCUUGUCUUUGAUUUUUGUUUUCUCUCAAAGGGCCACUCUUCAUUGUACAUUUCGCUUCCGUUGUUCUCGCAGUUCUAUGAUUCGCCGUGUUUCAGUGUGUGCGCACAAUGUAUUUAUACAUCGUUUCACGCGCAUCGGUUGAUGUGUCUCCAAACGCCAAUGUGAAAGCGACUGCUGGUCAGUGGUUCGUAUGCACAAGUCCAACUAUCAGUUUUGUUUUGAUGUUCUUUCUUGUUUACUUAUGUUCGUGCUCCAUACGCGUGUCAACCGUAUUCCUUCCACAUUCUCUUCGGCGUUGUGUGAGAAUGCCGUCACAAGUAGUCUGUUACAGUGCACGUGAUAUCGGACGUGCUUUUCAAUAUUGGUGGUGUUUCUUGAAGUUGAUGUCAGUGCCUCUGUUGUCCUGUUGCUCAUAAAACUCGAAUAAUGGUUGGCGUAACUUUAAACUAGCUCAAAAUGUGCAGUGAGACAAAAGAAAAAUGUAGCGCAUGAUUUCUUUUUCUUCGUGACACGUGACAUUUUGUUAGCUGUUUGGCAGUUCAUUUUGUUAAAAAAAAAGGCAUGCUGUAACUGUUUGGUUUUCUGUAUAAAAGCUACAAAGUUUUUUUGCUUUGGGCCUUUUUUGGAUUUUGUUUUUCAAUAAAAAUAUACUCAGAAA